GGCAGGAGGAGGAAAGGAGUGGAAGGAAGAGAGCUUAGAGGGAAAGAGGCUUGGGAAGGAAACAGCAGGAAAGAAACUGCUCAUCACACUUACAGAGAGGCAAAUGACCGUGGAGAUGAGGACAGAGAGAGACAAGACUAUGAAAGGCAAAAAAUACAAAUAGAGCGAAAGAGGAAAAAAUGCCAAGAAGAACAUCCAUCCGGAGAAAUGAAGAGAAUGAAAGUUUUAUGCUGCAGAGCCGCUCUAUGCUCUUCCGCCACAAAAUUCUCUCGCUGUUUUUAAGCCCUUGUGCAUUUGCCAGCCGUUGACAUUAAGAGGCAUGUUCAGCGGUGCCAGCAGCAUCUCCUCUUCCUUCUCCUCUUCCUCUUCAUCUUCCUCCUCCUCCUUUUCCUCCUCCUCCUUCUCCUCCCAUCAGCAAGAAGACAAACCGAGGACAGUCUUGAAAUAUCGAAAUUUCCUCCUUGGGAUUUGCCAGCGCCGCGUUGCGCCAAGAUUGUCGGAAUAAAGGACGCUGACUAUUGUAUUAUUAUUUUAUUAAUUGGUCAGUGGGAAGAUUACAGAUGAGGAAAGGGGCCGACUGUCACCCUUCCUGCGCUAAGACUGAAAAAUGAGGCUGAAUUGGAGGAAGCCCUAAAAUGAAGCGAAAGGAAUAAGAUUUUUAAGGACAGAAAGCCACAGGAGCCCCCCCCCCCCACAUAGCGCACUUUUAUUUGUAUUUUUUUGAUUUUUUUUUUUUCGUGGUGGUGGGGGAGGUGAUUGGGUGGCUGACUGGCUGCGGGAAGCUGCUUCCUUUCCCUUUGGAGAUGAUUGUGCUAUUAUUCUUUGCCUUGCUCUGGAUGGUGGAAGGAGUCUUCUCCCAGCUUCACUACACGGUGCAGGAGGAGCAGGAACAUGGCACUUUCGUGGGGAAUAUCGCUGAAGAUCUGGGCUUGGACAUUACAAAACUUUCGGCUCGCAGGUUUCAAACGGUGCCCAACUCGCGGACCCCUUACUUGGACCUCAACCUGGAGACCGGGGUGCUGUACGUGAACGAGAAGAUCGACCGCGAGCAAAUCUGCAAGCAGAGCCCCUCCUGCGUCCUGCACCUGGAGGUCUUCCUGGAGAACCCCCUGGAGCUGUUCCGGGUGGAGAUCGAGGUGUUGGACAUCAAUGACAACCCCCCCUCCUUUCCGGAGCCGGACCUGACGGUGGAGAUCUCUGAGAGCGCCACGCCGGGCACCCGCUUCCCCUUGGAGAGCGCAUUCGACCCAGACGUGGGCACCAACUCCUUGCGCGACUACGAGAUCACCCCCAACAGCUACUUCUCCCUGGACGUGCAGACCCAGGGGGAUGGCAACCGAUUCGCCGAGCUGGUGCUGGAGAAGCCGCUGGACCGAGAGCAGCAAGCGGUGCACCGCUACGUGCUGACCGCGGUGGACGGGGGAGGAGGGGGAGGAGGAGGAGAAGGAGGGGGAGGCGGCGGGGGAGGGGGCCUGCCCCCCCAGCAGCAGCGCACCGGCACGGCCCUACUCACCAUCCGAGUGCUGGACUCCAACGACAAUGUGCCCGCCUUCGACCAACCCGUCUACACUGUGUCCCUACCAGAGAACUCACCGCCGGGCACGCUCGUGAUCCAGCUCAACGCCACAGACCCAGAUGAAGGCCAGAAUGGCGAGAUCGUGUACUCCUUCAGCAGCCACAUUUCGCCCCGGGCGCGGGAGCUCUUCGGACUCUCCCCGCGCACCGGCCGGCUGGAGGUGAGCGGCGAGCUGGACUAUGAAGAAAGCCCGGUGUACCAAGUGUACGUACAAGCCAAGGACCUGGGCCCCAAUGCCGUGCCCGCUCAUUGCAAGGUGCUAGUGCGAGUGCUGGAUGCUAACGACAACGCGCCAGAGAUCAGCUUCAGCACCGUGAAGGAGGCGGUGAGCGAGGGCGCGGCGCCCGGCACGGUGGUGGCCCUGUUCAGCGUGACCGACCGCGACUCAGAGGAGAAUGGGCAGGUGCAGUGUGAGCUGCUGGGGGAUGUGCCAUUCCGCCUCAAGUCUUCCUUCAAGAACUACUAUACCAUCGUGACCGAGGCCCCCCUGGACCGAGAGGCGGGGGACUCCUACACCCUGACGGUGGUGGCUCGGGACCGGGGCGAGCCGGCGCUCUCCACCACUAAGUCGAUCCAGGUGCAAGUGUCAGAUGUGAACGACAACGCACCGCGGUUCAGCCAGCCGGUCUACGACGUGUAUGUGACCGAGAACAACGUGCCCGGCGCCUACAUCUACGCGGUGAGCGCCACGGACCGCGAUGAGGGCGCCAACGCCCAGCUAGCCUACUCUAUCCUCGAGUGCCAGAUCCAGGGCAUGAGCGUCUUCACUUACGUGUCCAUCAACUCCGAGAACGGCUACUUGUACGCCCUGCGCUCCUUCGACUACGAGCAGCUCAAGGACUUCAGCUUUCAGGUGGAAGCCCGGGACGCUGGAAGCCCCCAGGCGCUGGCUGGCAACGCCACUGUCAACAUCCUCAUCGUGGAUCAGAACGACAACGCCCCUGCCAUCGUGGCGCCCCUACCUGGGCGCAACGGGACUCCGGCGCGAGAGGUGCUGCCCCGCUCGGCGGAGCCGGGUUACCUGCUGACGCGUGUGGCCGCGGUGGACGCAGACGACGGCGAGAACGCCCGGCUCACCUACAGCAUUGUGCGGGGCAACGAAAUGAACCUUUUCCGCAUGGACUGGCGCACCGGGGAGCUCCGCACAGCGCGCAGGGUGCCAGCCAAGCGCGACCCCCAGCGGCCUUACGAGCUGGUGAUCGAGGUGCGCGACCAUGGGCAGCCUCCCCUGUCCUCCACCGCCACCCUGGUGGUGCAGCUGGUGGAUGGCGCUGUCGAGCCCCAGGGCGGGGGCGGGGGCGGGGGCGCGGGGUCAGGGGAGCAUCAGCGCCCCAGCCGCUCCGGCGGCGGGGAGACCUCGCUGGACCUCACCCUCAUCCUCAUCAUCGCGCUGGGCUCGGUGUCCUUCAUCUUCCUGCUGGCCAUGAUCGUCCUUGCCGUGCGUUGCCAAAAAGAGAAGAAGCUCAACAUCUACACGUGUCUGGCCAGUGAUUGCUGCCUCUGCUGCUGUUGCUGUGGCGGUGGAGGCUCGACCUGCUGCGGCCGCCAAGCCCGGGCACGCAAGAAGAAACUCAGCAAGUCGGACAUCAUGCUGGUGCAAAGCUCCAACGUACCCAGUAACCCGGCCCAAGUGCCCGUGGAGGAGUCCGGGGGCUUUGGCUCCCACCACCACAACCAGAACUACUGCUACCAGGUCUGCCUGACCCCUGAGUCCGCCAAGACCGACCUCAUGUUCCUUAAGCCCUGCAGCCCUUCGCGGAGUACGGACACUGAGCACAACCCCUGCGGGGCCAUCGUCACCGGCUACACAGACCAGCAGCCCGACAUCAUCUCUAACGGAAGCAUUUUGUCCAACGAGACUAAACACCAGCGAGCAGAGCUCAGCUAUCUAGUUGACAGACCUCGCCGUGUUAACAGUUCUGCAUUCCAGGAAGCUGACAUAGUAAGCUCUAAGGAUAGCGGUCAUGGAGACAGUGAACAGGGAGAUAGUGACCACGAUGCCACCAACCGCGGCCAGUCAGCUGGUAUGGAUCUUUUCUCCAACUGCACCGAGGAAUGUAAAGCACUGGGUCACUCAGAUCGGUGCUGGAUGCCUUCUUUUGUCCCUUCUGAUGGACGCCAGGCUGCCGAUUAUCGCAGCAACCUGCAUGUUCCUGGCAUGGACUCUGUUCCAGACACUGAGGUGUUUGAAACUCCAGAAGCCCAGCCUGGGGCAGAGCGGUCCUUCUCCACCUUCGGCAAAGAGAAAGCCCUUCACAGCACCCUGGAGAGGAAGGAGCUGGAUGGACUGCUGUCUAAUACACGAGCGCCUUACAAACCACCAUAUUUGACACGGAAAAGGAUAUGCUAGUCAGUUCUACAGGAUUUACCUGAAGCAGCAUGAUUUGCACAAGUCGACCAACAAAAGCAUCAACUUUUCAACUUCAUUACCUUGGCCAUCCAGUUAGUUGUGUGUAACUGAGUAUUAGAUUGCCGGCGGAGUCAUCAUGGCCAAUUAUAGGACCUAACUGCUCUCAGCAGGCCUGAGAAAUGAGUUGAAAUGUGCAGAACUGUAGAAACUUUAGGCAACUGAUUUUGCCUCUCCGAUCAGUGUGUGCCUGUUUACAGCGCUAUAUAUCUUUCUCUCUCCAAAUGUCACUGAGCCCUCUAGAUGUUUAUAUUCACCACGAGAAGCCAGUCAUAAAGAUAAAGGAAAUUUGUGCAUUAUAAAUGCAAUAUCACUGUUUUAAACUUGACUGUUUUAUAUUAUUUUUGUGUGAUCAAGUGUUCCCCAAACUAUUCCGACUUUACAAGAGAGAUUGUGAUUAUGUUCCUUUCACCCGUGGGUUAUAAAAAAUGUUGUAUUCUGAAGACCGACAAAAUAUCAAAGACAUUCUGUAGUUUAUACACCGUGUUGCAAAGUGUUUACUGUACUAUUUCAAAGCUUCUAAAUAAAUAUAAAAUAUAUAUAUUAUAUUAUAUAAUUUUCCUAAAAUGUGGUACAACUCAGUUGGUUUUUAAAUGGAUUCAUACAGUCCAUAUCAUACAGUA